AUGUCUUCGUCCGCCAUAUACUUCUUGGAUCUGAAGGGAAAAGUAUUGAUUUCCCGCAACUAUAGGGGAGAUAUCGAUAUGAAUUCAAUCGAUAAGUUUAUACCGAUUUUGAUGGACAGAGAAGAGGACGGGUCGUUGAAUCCGAUCCUUCGGCACAACGACACGACGUUUGCGUUCAUUAAAUUCAAUAACCUAUACAUCGUUUCGGUGACCAAAAAGAAUGCCAACGUUUCGCUCAUCUUCUCAUUCCUCCACAAAAUCGUAAACGUUUUGAUCGAGUAUUUCAAAGAAGUGGAAGAGGAGAGCAUUCGCGACAACUUUGUGCUCAUUUACGAGCUUUUGGAUGAGUUGAUGGACUUCGGGUAUCCGCAGACCACCGAUGGAAAGAUUCUUCAGGAAUACAUCACACAAGAGAGUCAUAAGAUGGAGGUUCAGGUGAGACCGCCGAUGACUGUGACGAACGCCGUUUCGUGGCGUUCAGAGGGUAUUAAAUAUCGCAAAAACGAGGUCUUCCUCGAUGUCAUUGAAUCCGUCAAUCUGUUGGCCAAUGCGUCCGGAAGUGUACUCCAGAGCGAAAUCGUGGGUUCAAUCAAAAUGAGGGUCUAUUUGUCGGGAAUGCCUGAACUGAGGUUAGGUCUGAACGAUAAGGUGUUGUUUGAGAGCACAGGUCGGGGCAAAAGCAAAUCGGUUGAACUCGAAGACGUAAAGUUCCACCAAUGCGUCCGAUUGUCUCGUUUCGAAAACGACAGAACCAUUUCAUUCAUUCCUCCGGACGGAGAGUUCGAACUAAUGUCUUAUCGGCUCAACACUCACGUGAAGCCACUUAUUUGGAUCGAAUCAGUGAUAGAAAGACAUCAACACUCGAGAGUCGAGUACAUGAUUAAAGCCAAGAGUCAGUUCAAGCGUCGGUCGACAGCUAAUAACGUGGAGAUCGUAAUACCGGUUCCACACGACGCCGAUUCACCCAAAUUCAAGACAUCCAUCGGAAGCGUUAAAUACACGCCUGAAGUGAAUUCAGUCGUUUGGAACAUCAAGUCUUUCCCCGGAGGGAAGGAGUAUCUCAUGAGAGCCCACUUCGGACUCCCAUCGGUGGUCAGCGAAGAGACUGAAGGCAAGCCUCCCAUACAAGUGAAGUUCGAGAUCCCGUACUUCACGACAUCGGGAAUACAGGUUCGGUACCUGAAGAUCAUCGAGAAGAGCGGCUAUCAGGCACUGCCGUGGGUUCGCUAUAUCACCCAAAAUGGCGACUAUCAGCUCAGAACUAACUAA